AUGAAUGUGCUCACCACGGCGCUCGCCGAGGCGUUUCACCGGCGCGACACGCCGCGCACGCGCCGCCGCGUCGGUGGCGGAGCGCUCUACAUCUUGGGUGGCACGGGGGCUGAUGGCAUCACGCGCCUCUCCGGCGUCCAGAUCUUCGACCCUCAGACCAACAGCUGGGCUGCCGGGCCAGCCAUGUGCACGGCACGCUACAUCUGUGCCGCGGCCGUGCUUGACGGCAAGAUCUUCGUCAUGGGCGGCGUGGCUGCUGACGGCAGCACGCGCCUCUCGAGCGUCGAGUUGUUCGAUCCUCAGACCAACAGCUGGGCUGCCAGGCCAGCCAUGGGCACGGCACGCAGCAGCCACGCCGCGGUCGUGCUUAGCGGCAAGCUUUACGUCAUGGGCGGCGUGGCUACUGACAGCCGCACGCGCCUCUCGAGCUUCGAGUCGUUCGAUCCUCAGACCAACAGCUGGGCUGCCGGGCCACCCAUGGGCACGGUACGCAGCAGCCACGCCGCGGCUGCUGUUGAGGGCAAGGUGUACGUCAUGGGCGGCGUGGCUGCUGACGGCCGCACGCGCCUCUCCAGCGUCGAGUUGUUCGAUCCUCAGACCAACAGCUGGACUGCCGGGCCACCCAUGGGCACAGCACGCUCUCACACCGCCGCGGCUGUUGUCGGCGGCAAGAUCUACCUCGUGGGUGGCAUGGCUGCUGCGGAGACGCGCCUCUCCAGCGUCGAUAUCUUCGACUCUCAGACUGGUAGCUGGACUGCCGGGCCGGAUAUGGGCACGGCACGCUCCGCCGCCACCGUGACUGUUGUCGACGGCAAAAUCUACGUUGUGGGUGGCUUUGACGGCGACGCGCGCCUCUCGAGCGUCCAGGUCCUCGACCCCCAGACCGGCAGCUGGGCUGCCGGCCCUCCCAUGCCCACGCGACGCACCAGCCACGUCGCGGCCGCGCUUGGCGUUCGGUGA